UACAUUUUUUAUUUCAUUUUUAAAUUCAUAUGUAUCUCAAAUAAGUAUAAUCGCAAGAUGAAUAACUUUUUCUAACAUUGUGUUGAUAUUUAAAUAGUUUACAUUAUUACACGCAUUAUCCACACGCCAACAUUAAUUUAAUAUUUAUUACUAUGUAACCUCACUGCACGCAAAGAAAUAAAAUGAGUGUGACGUGGGAAAGCACUACCAGCCAUAUCAAAGCAGAUGUGAUAAUAUUGGGCUGCAGCCUUCCAGGAAUUGUCACUGCUCAUAAACUCAAAAAAAAAUUCGGCAAUACUGUGGACAUUGUGGUUUUAGAUUUAACUGGGAGCGUAGCAAGUGGCUCCAAGUGCAAUGUGACCUUUCAAGAAGAAGAAGGAGAAAAUGAAGACUUUGUACAUAAAGGUACUGCAAAAGAACUCAUAGACAAUGUUGGAAGGCACUUCAUAGCUGUUUAUGCAAAGGAAUUCAAUAUUCCAGUUCCAGAUGCGAUUAUUACACCGGAAAAAGGAAAAACGGCUUUAAACAAACUGUUCGAAUAUAAAACUGGCGAUACCGUAGACUGCAAACAGGAUUUCCAUGAUUUUGACUAUCUUAACAUUUUUGAAAACUUUGAAUUGAAUCAAUAUCAAACUCUACUAGAUCAAUACAUGAGAGAGCUUUUUCAGGCGAAUAAUAUAGAGAACGUUUCUGAGCGACAUCAACUUAUGUAUUUCGAUCAAACUACGAUGGAACAACAUAUAUGUAACGCAUUAAUAUUUGCGAAUUCUAAAGAUAUAAUGAGAAAUAUUGUGCGAGUAGUCUGUGGAGCUCCAGCAAGUGUAGUAUCUCUACUUUUCUAUUUACACCAGUGUUAUAGAACAAGUAGCGCAAGAAAUCAUUUAGACGGUAAUAACACUAAACUUCGUGAAAAGCUUUUGGGAUACUGCAGAAAACGUAUUGCUAGCAAAUUACAAAAAAGUGUGGCUAACAUAACAAUGCCAGCUAAACCUAUAAAGAAAAUUAGCACUUACUCAGACGAACAGGUUAUAUUAAGAACUUUUAAAGGGGACACAAAUUAUGUUUGCAGUCUUUUGGCAAUGGCAAUGAAACCCGACGAACUUCGUCAUAUAGAAGUUGAAUCUCAGCUGCUAUAUAAUAGCGAAGUUGAAAUUACUGCAGCAAUGAAACAAGGUAAAGCGAAAAAGUUUCUAAUACAAUACGAAGAUUGUUUUUGGCAGCGUUAUGGUUAUAGUGGUGACAUUCUAAGUGUUCGAGGACCUAUUAUUUGGGCUAUGGAACGUCCAACAAUGUCGGCCACUGGUAGUCUUGAAAAGUAUGCGGCAUUAAUUGGUUAUUUAACGCUCAAAGAGAACGACGAUGAAGAUUCAAGGGAAGCUGUGAUAAAACAGUUAGUCAGACUUUUUGGUGCUGAUGCCGCUUCACCAGUUAGCUAUAGAGAAACGGAUAUUGCGGAUAUCUACGUGCCGCGAUGUGGAGAUUUUAUAGGUCUUAGAAGGCUAACACGUAAAUUUCAACCUGGCUACCUCGAGUGGGGAGCUUUAGAUAUCUUUGGCGAUGGGGACGUGGCUGCUGCGUUGGAAGCUGGUCACACAGCUUAUCUGCAUCUGAUGAGUUGCUUGCGUCCUCAGGCUUUAACUUACGAGGAGAUAAGUGCGGUGGAAUGGCCGACGAUUUUAAGUGAGGGUCCGCUGAGGAAAUGGCUUGCUCAAUUCACAAUAAAAAGCAGUUUACGACUAGCAGCUUAUACAGCUGCAACUUACGUUGUUUUACGGUUAUUACGGUCGUAUAUUAGGAAAUGAGAUAAGAAAAUGAGAGAAAAUACAAUUAAUACACGAAAUACAUUUUACAGUAAAUGUUUGCUGUUUUUAGUUGGUUAUUUUUUUGUCACUAUAUC